AUGGCAACAAUACCAACCUGGACAAGUCAAGACAAGGCAUUGGCAUUACUCCCGAAAUUCAGUGGUUUCCUCUCCCUGUGUGGAUCUCUGUACAUUGUCCAACACGUGCUACGAUCCCGAGAACGGCGUGGAUUUGUCUAUCAUCAGAUCUUAAUGGCCAUGAGUUGUUCUGACGUGCUAGGAUCGAGCAUGUACAUGCUGAGCACCUGGCCAAUUCCUCGAGGUGAUGCAGUCUUUGCCGUUGGCAAUCAGGCAACGUGCAAUGCCCAAGGGACAUUGGGUCAAUUUGCCUCCUUGACAACACCAUUGUAUACCGGAAGUCUUUCCAUUUACUACCUGCUGGUGAUUCGGUACGGGUGGAGAGAAGAACAGAUGCAAAAACACCGCCAUUGGUUCUUUGUCAUUCCCUUUGUCAUGGGCGUCACUACGGCCAUUGCUGGAUUGGGUUUGGAACUGUACAAUUCGGCUGAUUGGGUCUGUUGGAUUGCUGCCUAUCCGCCCGGAUGUAACAAAGAGGACAGUCCAGUGGAAUGUACGCGAGGAGUCCAAGCAGAUUUGUACAGAAUGGUAUUCUCCUAUAUCAUUGUCUGGAUUGUCUUUGUCGUUUUGGCCGUAUCUAUGGGCAUGAUUUACCAACGAGUCUGGCAAACCGAACGAAAAACAAUACGCUUUCGAGGACUUUCCUAUCUACAAUCCACUUCUGCAACUGCUACUGGGGGCACUGUGGAACCAUCGCUAUCAUCCAAAAUAAGGUCAUUCUGUCAGCAUCUUUUACCCCCGAGGCGAUUACAAAGGAUCCCUGUUGACAACCACGGCAAAGACAACAUCCACAAUGAGAAUGAUGAUAACGACAGCAGUCGAGACCAAGGCCACGGCUCAAUGGAGGAACAAGGAGAUGACAACAAUUCCAGCACUGACCCACAGUCCAAUUUGACAAGACGACCUUCCUCGGGAGCUCUCAGAACCCCGGAUGAAACACCACCCAGAAACAGCAAUUAUCUCAGUCGAACUGUGCUCUACCAAGCACUGAUGUAUUGUGGAGCCUUUUAUUUGACCUUUCUCUUUGGAACCAUUGCACUUUGGGAUAUGACCGCCUAUCCCGUCUUUGUGUGCAUGACCAUCUUUUUUCCACUCCAAGGAUUUUGGCAAUUCCUCAUUUACACUCGACCGUCACGAAACAAAAAGAAAAAUCAGGCCAGCAACAAAUCGUCGUCUUCGUCCGUCUACACCAACAAUCCAUUGCUGUGCAUUAACUGCUUUCAUGAUGACAGCAACAACAGCAACAGCAAUCAACAGCGUAGUGGUACCAAUUCCUACUGCCGGACCAUCGCCGAUGACAACAACGACCAAAUUGUAUCAUCGUCGCUGAAAAUGCCCUCCACGAAAAGCAGGAUGUGUUGUAGCCGGUGUUCGUCCAGUGGAGUGGACACGCGAAGUUUUCUGGAUGCCCAGUCCGAACUGGAGUAUAUAAACCAGGCAUAG